AUGCCACCAAGAGGGGAAGGCUCGACUUCCCUUUUGAGGAAAAGAUCAGGAGGUAAAAACAAGAAAUAUGGACCUACCGCUCAACCCUCACCUCCUUCACCGGGAGUUGCGCUGAUGGAUGCACCUCUUGAAGGAGAUUUCGAAGAUGGGUUGGACCCUCGAAACCCAGCAGCAUUAGGGUUGGAUAAGACAUUCUCAGGUGAUCCAGAGGCAGAUGAUUAUCUGCAUAAUCCGGAUGUGGAUGAGUGGGGAGCAAUGGACGACCGAGGGAACGUAUUUACUGUUCGAGGAGCAGCCAACGUGGGAUGUCUAGUAAUUUUAAUGAUAGGGAUCAUAGCCCUUUUCGCUGGAUAUCCCAUAGCAGACUUCUACACUCAAGGAUCACUGGACUCGAAAGGGGGCUAUAAUCUAGGUGGGAUCAACGCAACUGGUCAGAUACCCUCGAUAAGAGGUUUCGCAAGUAUGAUAGAUGAAGAUACACCUUCGGACGUCUACACGAGGACGGGUUAUGAUGGUGAAGAAUAUACGCUGGUCUUCUCGGACGAGUUCAACAAAGAUGGGAGAACAUUCUUCCCAGGAGAUGAUCCAUUUUUUACUGCUCCCGACAUUCAUUACUGGGCAACCGGUGAUUUCGAAUGGUACGAGCCCUCCGCAGCAACAACCCGAGACGGUAACCUCGUCUUGAGGAUGUCUCAACAAUCAAUUCACGAUCUCAAUUUCAAAUCGGCGAUGUUGCAAUCAUGGAAUCAACUAUGUUUUCAAUACUCUUUCUACCUCGAAGCGAGGAUAUCCUUACCUGGUAAUACGAGGUAUGGAGGGUUCUGGCCGGGUUUAUGGUUGUUUGGUAAUCUGGGUAGACCAGGUUAUGGAGCUUCGACUGACGGUACUUGGCCAUAUACGUAUGAUUCUUGCGAUAUUGGGACAUUGCCUAAUCAGACGAAUGUAGAGGGGACGGGACCCGAGGCAGCUUUGACUUCAAAUAAUGGUCAACCAAUAUCGUACCUUCCAGGUCAAAGAAUGUCCGCAUGUACCUGUCCAGGGGAAGAUCACGCUGGACCAGACGUAUCAGUAGGCAGAGGAGCACCAGAAAUCGACGUCCUAGAAGCACAAGUUGAUUUACAUGUUGGUCAAGGUGUAUUAUCGCAGUCAUUUCAAGUGGCUCCUUUCGACGAAGGGUAUCAAUACAAGAAUACCACAGACGUAGCACAUCAGUACGAUACCGAUUUGACAAGUUUCAAUACCUACACGGGUGGUGUUUACCAGGAGGCGGUAUCGAGCUUGACUUUCGUUGGGACGGAUAUAUAUCAAGGGACAAGCCGAGAAUUCGGUGUCCAAGGCGUUGAGAUGUUCACCAAUCCGAAUGAUAGAUCAAGCGGACAUAUCACCUGGGUUGCCAAUGGUGAAAAAUCAUGGACGAUGUAUCCCGGUGCAGUGGGAGCAUCAAAAUCAAUGCAGAUUGGACCUCGUAUCUUGCCCGAAGAACCAAUGGCGCUGGUGAUCAACUUCGGAAUGUCAAAUAAUUUCCAAGCAGUAGAUUUCGUCAACCUCGAUUUUCCAGCGGAAUACUUGAUAGAUUACAUUCGCAUCUAUCAACGACCCGAAGGUAGAAUAGGAUGUGAUCCCGACGAUCAUCCUACAGCAGAUUAUAUCGAGAAACAUAUCGAGGCAUAUACGAAUCCCAAUAUGACCAUUUGGAGCGAUACGGGUUUCGCCAUGCCUAAAAAUCGGUUGAAAGACCAAUGUUAG